GAACAUGCUCACGAAGCGACCAGCUUCGGCAAACAUCGUCAUCUGUCGUGAACUGAGACUCGGUGAAGGAUGGAGGAAGAGGCACGCAAGCUUCUCGAAGAAGGAAUAAGAAAGAAACUGGUCAGUCCCGGUAAAGGAGAGCUAUCGACCUUCCCCAAUGGAACCAAGGUGGUCUUCCACUACCGCACCAGCCUGUGUGAUGGCACAGUCCUGGAUGACUCCAGAACGAUGGGGGGCCAAAGCAAACCCAUGGAGCUCAUCCUCGGCAAGAAGUUUAAACUAGCUGUGUGGGAGAGCAUAAUCAUCACCAUGAGACAAGGCGAAAUUGCAGAAUUUCUCUGCGACACCAAGCACACAGCACUGUACCCACUUGUGUCCCAGUCCCUGAGAAACAUCAGCGCUGGUAAGGACCCCCUGGAAGGUCAGAGACACUGCUGCGGCAUCGCCCAGAUCCACUCCCACCACUCUUUGGGGCAUAAGGACCUGGAUCAGCUUCAGGCCAGUCCGCAGCCUCUCGUCUUCACCAUUGAGCUGCUGGAGGUUCUGCCUCCAGGGUCGUUCCAGCUUGAUGUGUGGGCUAUGACAGACGAAGAAAAACUAGAAUUUGUGCCUCAGAUCCACGAGGAGGGCAACAUGCUCUUCAAACAAGGCCAAAUUAAGGAGGCCACAGACAAGUACUACAAUGGUAUUGCCUGCCUCAAAAAUCUACAGAUGAAGGAGCAUCCUGGAGAUGAAGCAUGGGUUAAGUUGGACCAUAUGAUCACACCACUGCUCCUCAACUACUGCCAGUGCAAGUUACUCGAGGGCCAGUACUACGAAGUCAUUGAACACUGCUCGUCCUUGGUCUUCAAAUAUGAAGAUAAUGUGAAGGCCUACUACAAGCGGGCUAAGGCUCACGCCGCGGUGUGGAAUGAGACAGAGGCACGAGCAGACUUUGCUAAGGUGUUGGAGCUAGACCCCACUUUGGGACCGUCUGUAGCCAAGGAGCUGAGGGCCAUGGAGGAGAGGAUCCGCUCCAAGGAAAAGGAGGAAAAAGGCCGCUACAAAGGCCUGUUCAACUACAACACGCCACCAGCCACUGCCACGACAGGUUGAAUCUCUCACUGGGUUGGAAACAAGAGGAUGCCUGUGAAUUUCAAGAUGGAGUAGAGACAGUAGACACUGCUGGUGUUUUAAUUUUAUCCACAAUGCACCCAAAGCCAAACACUUUCGCCACCCUGCCCUCCAUGGUACACGCAGAAACGCUCUCCGAUACGGUCAGGUUGUACACACACACGCACCCACAGUUCACCAAGGUGCAAUUUGUAUUCCUGCCUUAUUCCUCUAAACUCCUUCUCUUAAUUAGGAAAAUUCACUUUUUUUUUGAUUAGGAUAUACUAGGUUAUCAGGUUGGCUUUCAUGAAAGGUCCAAAAUCCCACAGUAACCUUAGGUCUGUACAGGCCAGCAGCACCAUUUACUGAGAGCAUCGUGGUCUUCACUCUGAACAUGUACCUCCAGUAUAAAUUCCAGUUUAUUAGAGUCUGUAAAGGUGUCAGAAAUGUCAACAUUCUUGUUGAAUAACUUGCUCACAAUAAUGGGCUCCCUAUAGACUUACACCCUUAGCAACAGCUUUCACAGGAUCUGCUGCAGAGAGAUUUUUCUUGUCUUUUCGUAUGAAUUAAUGAUAAAUUUAACAGUAUAUAUAUAUAUAUAUAUAUACGAAACGCCAAUUUUCCACAGAAUUAGAAGAAAGUAGCUUAUGCGUUUAAUGUUGUACUGCCUUCUCUGAAACGUGUGCAGAGCUGUAGGAUAAUCUUGGAAUUCCUCAUAACUGUAACCCAGCAAGGAAAAUUUACUAUCAAUUCCAAACAGAAAUGCCCUCCCCUCAGAAAAUCUUUUUUUUUUUUUUUUGCACUAAGAACAUCAUGUACUCAAAUGCACACCUCUGCCUUGCACCGUCAGAUCAUGUUUUUUUAAUCUUGGUCACAGCAGAAGCACUGGAAUAAGUAGAAGACCAUUAUCUCCUGGUGGUUGCGACUGGGAAACUGAGCGAUCUGUGACAAUCAUUAUAUAACACACAUGAACUUGUGUUGUCUUUGCUUUCUUCUGUAUACUUAUUUCAUUUAUGUAUGAAAUGCCAUUAUGUUGUUCUUGUCAAGAUGUAUUCAGCAAAACCCUCAGUAUCUCACUUGCUUAGAAAGAGCUUCUCAUUGCUCUUCAAGGUGAAGCAGUGGGUCAUCAGGCGAACCUGUCUGAAGUGACAUGUUACAGAGGUUGCGAUUAUGUAACUGAAAAUAAAUGUGUCUGUCCCCAA